ACGAUCCUAAAACGAACCACAAGGCCUAAAGAGGAAAAAAAAGAAGAAAGAAAAUAGAUGGGACCAUCGACGAACGUUCCAAUCCUCUGACGAAACUCGACAAUCGGAUUAAAAAGAUGAACACCGAGAACAAUGGAAAAGAUGAGGAGGCGGAGAUCAGAGGCGACGCCGAUCUGCAGGGAAACGGCGUCGAUUCGCCGGCAGAGAAUAAAGAAAUGGAUGACAAGACAGAUGCAGAAGCAGAGAAUGCGGACAGGGAGGGUGACAGUGUCGGAACGGAAGAAACUCCCCCAGAGGAUAUCCAUUACACGCUAGAAUCCUUGUCGGAAGAACUCGACCUCUUUCUGUCGACAUUGCGGAAAGAGGGAGAAGAGGAAGGAGAAGAUGAUUAUAUACAGAUCCCUCAGAAUGUAGGGAAGUAUUUGGAUGUAUUGGAGGAGAAACUGAGCAAAUACGAAUCGGGGGAGAGGAAGAUGAGGUGGAGGGAAGAAUCGGAGGAGGUGGGAGAGGUGAUGGAAGGGGUGGAGAGAGUGUCGAAGCUGAUGGAGACGAAGUCGAGAUUGGAUCACCAUCACAGCCAUUUGAUCAAUCACGCCGGCUCGAUCCAGCAGCGGGCCAUGGCCUUCUUGGAAGACGAGUUCCGCCUCCUCCUCGAAGAUGAUUACAACAGUCAUCAGAACGGCGACGAGGGCGAGGAGGAGAAGGAAGAGGAGCCAGGGAAAGACAUGAACUAUCCAGGCUACCCGGACGAAGUCGUGUCAGUGCUGAGGAACAUUGCUGAUCAUUUGACGAGAGGAGGCUACGGGUCGGAAUGCAGAGAGGUGUAUAUGGUGGCGAGGAGGAACGUAUUGAUGCAGACUCUGAAAGAUGGAGAGUUCGAGAAAGUGAGCAUAGACGAGGUGCAGAAGAUGAGUUGGGAGACGCUGGAGAGAGAGAUUCCCAUUUGGAACAAGACUUUCAAGGACUGUUCCUCCCUCUUUUUCCCUGGAGAGCUCAAUCUUUCCAACAGCAUUUUCCCCGGGGACAAUGGCAGCCUCUUCUCCUUCAUCACCCAUGGCUUGGCCAUCCAAUUCUUGGGUUUCGCUCAGGCUGUCGCCAUGACCAAGCGUUCCACCGAGAAACUAUUCAAGAUUUUGGAUAUAUAUGAGACCCUCCGGGAUCAUUUUCCUGCCAUGGAGGGCUUAUUCCCUCAAGAGUUGAGGGACGAGCUCAGAAACGAGGCCAGCAGCGCUCGUUCUCGCCUCGGCGAAACCGCCAUCUCCAUAUUCUCGGAUCUUGACAACUCCAUCAAGUCUGAUUCCAGUAAAACUCCUGUUCCUGGAGGAGCUGUCCAUCCCUUGACCAGAUACACCAUGAAUUACCUCAAGUACUCGUGUGAAUACAAAGACACUCUGGAACAGGUUUUCAAGCAGCACUCCAAGAUCGAGCGGUCCGACUCCACGAGCCGGGAUGAUAACACAGGUUAUCAGCAUCACGAGAGUGGCGAUGGUUCAGCGUUCUCGGGACAGCUGAUGAGAAUCAUGGACUUGUUGGAUGGGAAUCUGGAAGGGAAGUCGAAGUUGUACAGGGACGUAUCGCUGAGCUGCAUAUUCAUGAUGAACAACGGGAGAUAUAUAGUGCAGAAGAUAAAAGGGUCACCAGAGAUAAACCAGGUGAUGGGGGACACAUGGUGCAGGCGGAGAUCCUCAGAGCUAAGGAACUACCACAAGAACUACCAGAGGGAGACAUGGGGGAAGUUGCUCGGGUGUCUGGGCCACGAGGGUCUGAUGAACAACGGGAAGAUAGUGAAGCCGAAUCUGAAAGAUAGGUUCAAGAGCUUCAACGCAAUGUUCGACGAGAUUCACAGGACGCAAAGUUCAUGGGUGAUCAACGACGAGCAGCUUCAGAGUGAGCUCAGGGUCUCCAUCUCCGCAGUCAUCAUUCCAGCGUACAGGUCCUUCUUGGCCAGGUUCUCUCAGUACUUGGAUCCUGGAAGGCAGACGGAGAAGUAUAUCAAAUUCCAAGCCGACGACAUUGAAGAUCUCAUUGAUGACCUCUUCGAUGGCAACGUCUCCUCCUCUUCCACCGUCGCCACCAAGAGAAGAACCUAGGCGUCUGCCCCUACUAUGUCCAGAAGCAGAAACUACACAACACUUAGACAAUCAAAUACAUUCUUUUAUAUAUAUUUAAUUACUGCUUCUUCUCGCAUUGAACUUAACUUCCCUUUUUUCGAGUUUUCCAUGUACUUUUUUUUGGGUUCUAAAUAUACAAGGGAAAUCUCCUUACAAUUAAAAGGUUU